UUGAAUAGGGAAGUUUUGCAGGGGUUACGCUUGCAGUCAGUCCGCUGUUUGCAAAUAUUGCGUGGGCUCGGCGCGCUGCGGGCUGCGGGAGGGUCCGGACCCGGCGUCCGAUUGCAGCGCCAUCCAGUUUGCAUGAAACUUUCACCUGCGCUCCCGGGGACAGUUUCUGCUCCGACUCCUGAUCGCUCUCCUCCCUGUUUUCCCGACAGCGGGGACUGUCUUUUCCAACCCGACAUGGAUGUGCUCCCAAUGUGUAGCAUCUUCCAGGAACUACAGAUUGUGCACGAAACGGGCUACUUCUCGGCUCUGCCGUCCCUGGAGGAAUAUUGGCAACAGACCUGCCUGGAGUUGGAACGCUAUCUUCAGAGUGAGCCCUGCUAUGUGUCAGCCUCUGAGAUAAAAUUUGACAGCCAGGAAGAUCUGUGGACCAAAAUCAUUCUAGCUCGGGAGAAGAAGGAGGACUCAGAACUGAAGAUUUCUUCCAGUCCCCCAGAAGACUCUCUGAUCAGCCCCAGCUUUAAUUAUAACUUAGAGACCAACAGCCUGAACUCUGACGUCAGCAGCGAGUCUUCAGACAGUUCUGAGGAACUUUCACCCACGACCAAAUUUACCUCUGAUCCCAUCGGUGAAGUCUUAGUCAGUUCAGGAAACCUGAGCUCCUCCGUCAUUUCCACACCUCCUUCUUCUCCAGAAGUGAACAGGGAAUCUUCUCAACUAUGGGGCUGUGGACCAGGAGACCUACCCUCACCAGGGAAGGUUCGCAGUGGGACUUCAGGGAAGUCUGGUGACAAGGGUAGUGGCGACGCCUCCCCUGAUGGCAGGAGGAGGGUACAUCGAUGCCACUUUAACGGCUGCAGGAAAGUUUACACUAAAAGCUCCCACUUGAAAGCACAUCAGCGCACUCACACAGGAGAAAAGCCUUACAGAUGCUCAUGGGAAGGUUGUGAGUGGCGUUUUGCAAGAAGUGAUGAAUUAACCAGACACUUCCGGAAGCAUACCGGUGCCAAGCCUUUUAAAUGCUCUCACUGUGACAGGUGUUUCUCCAGGUCUGACCACCUGGCCCUGCACAUGAAGAGGCACCUCUGAGGGAGCGGAGGAUGAAUCCUGUAGGCUAAAAGAGGCUUCCAGGCUGAGAGGCGGCCAUGGAAGGAGGGAUGCCUGUUCCAGCCAAAGCAUGCCAUUUUGCUUCCUGCCCAGUUACCUCCAGGGGCCUCUCUUUGGAAGGUCUUUUGAGGGCUACAAAAGUCGUGUCAGAAGCGGCAUAGCACCCACGCACGGUGCAUGGUGUUUGGGUGACCCUGGACUCGCCUCGCCACUGGUUCCUAACCUUCUGAGAGGCUCCCGAGCCUUCUGCCGUGAGCAUGCGCACUGAGAAUGUUAAUGGAUGGGAUGACUGUAUGUUGAGGAUCUAUUACUGACUGUAUGGUGAGGCAGACUUUUUUUUCCCCCCUUGUGGUAGCAAAUAACUGCAAGAGACAGAAAAAAAGCAGUUUGAAUGUUUUGUGUGUGAGGAGUAUACCAAGGAAUGAGUUUACCACCAAUCAUUUCCUGAAGGGUGUCUGCACCUUAAAAAAAAUAAAUAAAAACAAACAAAAAUAAAAAAAAUUAAAAAGUUUUUUAAAAAAAAAAAAAGGACAAACUUGGAGGGUGGGAGUGGGAACUCAGGACCCCAUAGUGGUGAGUGUGAAGGGCAAGGGUAGCACCUUUGCCCUUUCCUGUGUGAAAGGGCCUUCUGGUGUCUGGUGCAGCUCUGGAAUGUGCAGUGUGUCAAGUAGCUUGUUUUACUGGCUACACAGAGCUCAUUUGUAACCCAUUGUAUAAGCUGUAUUUACAAAUAACAGUGGUCAUUUCCCCUUAAAAUACAAAAAAGUCGUGCAUGGUCUGGGGAAGCUAUAUACGUUUCCAUGUUUCAAUUGGGUCUCCAAUCUUGAUUCCAACUAAUAAGCAGCUAUCAGAUUGAGUUUGUUUAAAAAUAAUGAUUCCUUAAGCCAUUUAGGCCUGGCAAGACACGACCCCCCCCCCAUCCUUCUGUUUUGUAACACUCCCUGUACAACCUGGUAUUGCGCAGUGUAGGGUCGUAUUUUCAGUGACUCAGUUUGAAUUUCCUUUUUGGAGAAUCUUAAGGUGCCCUUUGAAGAAAUUGGACAUGUGUCAAAUGUCUAAAUGCUUGGGCCUGGAAAUUGCUGGUCUAAUGUCACAUUAGGCUGAGAACGUACACUUUUUUUCUCAGUCGGGUGGAUCAACCACUAAGCUUAGAAACCGUUUUUCUCAUGCAGCUAUGUCUCUCUUAUUUAUGCCUUGAGGACUAAUUCUGGUUUUCUAGCUGUUAAUGCACUGUUGACCUUCAUAAUGGUGCCUUAUGCAACUGGCCCUUCUGUGGGGUCAAAUACAGGGGAAUGGGUGAUGCAUGCUUAAUUAAGGCUCUUUUUUCACCUGGCAUUGUACUGUAUCAACGUAUAAUAUGGAAAACAGAAAAAAAAAAACAAAACAAAACGAAAAACAGCAACAAAAAAACCACCUCUUUAAGAUCCCCCACAAUGACAAA